AUGCGCCGCUGGCGUCCAAGCGGUGGGCCGAGCGCGGUGCACCGCGCCUUUCACACGCGGCCGGCCGCCGCGAUAAAAAGACCGCCACGCCCCGAGCGCGCAAAGGACGAGCGCAUGCCGUAUGCAACGCCAGGGAGCCGAUUGGAAGCACUGAUGCAGCAUCCGCACCUGUUCGACCCACCGCGAGCACCUCGCUACCCGAUCGUGCUGUGCCAUGGUCUGUACGGCUUUGACGUGCGCGGUCCCUUCAUGGGUUUCGAGUACCACUACUGGUCAGCCGCACUGGACGUGCUGCAGCAGCGUCUGGGUGCGCAAGUCUACGUGUUUGCCGUGCCGCCUACGGGCUCGAUUCAGGAGCGCGCCGAGACACUGCACAAGCUGCUUGUGCGCCAGCAUUUUCCGCGUGGCCAGCGCCUCAACUUUGUGGGUCAUUCGAUGGGCGGCUUGGAUGUACGAUACCUCAUUUCCCACAUCCAGCCGCAAGAAUACACACCCGUGAGUUUGACGACGGUCGCGACGCCGCACCGCGGUAGUCCCUUUAUGGACUGGUGCAACGAGAAUAUUGGCGUCGGGCUGGAGCUCAUGGACUCGAUGAUGCGCGAGGCGGAGCCCAAGACGGUGCCGGACGACCUACCUACGCGCGCGCCGUUUAGCCUGAAAUCACCGCUGCUGACGUAUGCGAAAACGAGCGAAGACCGAAACUCCCUGCGCCGUGCCUUGUCGCAUGUGUCGAGCUCAUUUUCUUCGUACAUACUGUCCAUCUUUGAUCAGCCGGCCUAUGCGAUGCUAUCGACUCGGUACAUGACGCGUCUCUUCAAUCCCACCGUCCCUGAUCAGCCCCAUGUGCGCUACUUUAGUAUCGCGACGCGCACGAAAAGCAUACCCAUAUGGCACCCACUUUGGCUCCCCAAGCUCAUUCUCGACAAGGCCGCGGCUACAGGCACAUGCGGUGCAGAUGCCGAUGGUAGCUACGCUGCAUGGCACACGUCGCACACGGGUAGUGAUGGUCUCGUGAGUGUGAACAGCGCGCGAUGGGGCGAGUUUCUCGGCAUGAUCGAGAAUUGGGAUCACUGGGACGUUCGCGGGCCGGGCGGGCCACGGCGACUCCGGCCUGCCCGCAAGCCGCCAAAGGCACCAGACAAUGCGCGCACACCCUGGUCACGACUUUGGACUUUGUUGAACCAAUGGCUGCCACGGUCCCGCCAAGCCAAGCCGCCCGUCUUGCCCGACGACCCCGAGUGGGACUGGCGCGUAGCGGCACUGAGCGACUAUGAAGAGACCACUCACAAGGAGCGUCCAGAGACACCCGUCACAGCGGCCGCCUAUGCUAUGUCAUCUGUGUACGUAAAAGGCGCCGACGCGCGCGAGACAUCCAAGGUCGCCAGGAUGCUGGCCGAAUGGAUCUCGUCCCAUUUGCCCGCUUCCCACGGCACGUCUCAGGAUGACUCACGGAUGCUGUUCAAGUACUUGACAGGUGACCAGCCCCUGGAAGGCUCCCUCGGUCACGGCCGUCCGGACUCCCAGGCAACGUCGGCCCAACGCAUGUCUCACACCCUCCUGCACAUGUUUCCCUUUCUCGCGCAGAUCGAGGCAAGAACACCUCCACCUCCACCUAACGAUGUCCUGGAGCGGUUCUGGGCGGCCGUGUGCCGGAAUCUGUACGACGCGGGCUUGUAG